AUGGAAACCGAUUUGAUAUCCAAUGGGACUAUAAAUGGAAAUGUUAAAGCACUUCGAAAUAUGUGGAGUAUAAAAGCUCAAGAACAACAAACAUCAUCUCAACCACGUUCUAAACAACAAAAAAUAUCUUCAAAAAACAGUAUACCAACUUUCAAAAUUACACAUGAAACAAUUCAAAACAAAUCAUCAAUUAGUUCUAAUAAUGAAGAAACACUUUCGACUCAAUCGGUAAAAAAAUUAUCAUCACUUGAUCAACGUAUUUCUCUACCAAUUACAGCAGCAACACCACCACCACCACCAAAAACAACUUCAGUCAUUUUUAAACAUCAAGUUCAAACUGUUUCAACUCUUAAACAGUCUAUAAACAAAAUGACUACAAAUGUAAAGAAGAAUAUUCCUCCGAAAAAUUCUAAACAUAAUGGUAAUCGUCUUUGGUAUGUAACUCGUCAUGUUUUUCAUAGUGGUUUUAUAUUUAAUCGUCCAAGACGAGCAUCAGAUAGUAUCUUACCAUUAUUAAUGAAAAAAUAUUUAGUUAAACAACAGUCUCAUAGAGAUAGUAUAGAUAGUACACUUAGUGCAAAACCAUUUGAAGAUUUUAUUGAUUAUUUAGCUUAUGAUAAAGAAAAUAGUGUAAAAAUAUCACAAAGAAUCAAACGCACUAAAUCGGAUAUCAGCGAUUGUAUGCGAAGUAAUACAUUAGAUGAUACUAUAUUACAAUAUGAAAUGAUACUUCAACGUGUGAAAAAUUAUGAACAAUUUAUGACAAUGUAUCCUAAAACAACACCGCCUAUUUUAAGACAACGAGAAAAAUCAGUUGAUAAUGAUUUAAUAAAUACUGGAAAAUUAACAAAAGAAAAAUUACUUCCGAAAUCACCAAUUUCAAUUCGACAAACACAAUCUUUAUCAAGAAAUAUGGGACAUACAUUUUCAAAUUUUCUUAUGAAUGAUCUUAUGUUAUCACCAACACCUAAAUCACAAAUGAAUGUUCAACAUACUUUAAGUUUAUCGCAUGCAUCAUCACAAACAGAUCUUUAUGAACCGGCUCUUAACGACAACAAAGAAGAAACUAAUUAUUCAACGAAAAUAAUUAAGAAUGAUGAAAUCGAAAGCUUUAAUUCAAUAUCAAAUGAAGAAGUUAAAGAAGUUUUAAAUGAAUUUGAUACAAUGCUUGUUCAAGAAUUACCAAGAACACCCGAUGCUGAUGCAAAUAUUAGUGUUCAAGAACCACCACCAACAACGCCCAAUACUGAUGUAAAUGUUCAAGAAGUACCAAUAACACCCAAUAUUGAAGUAAAUGUCGUUGUUCAAGAUAUACCACGUUUACCCAAGCCAGAAGCACCAUUAACAGCAGCACAAUUACUUAUGAAGCGUUUAUUCGAAGGAAAAAAGAGUGCAUAUAGUCCAAGUGAUCUUAACAUGGAAUUAAAUCGAUUAUCGGAAGAACUAAUACCAGUAUAUGAAAUUGCAAAAGAGAGAUGUUUUUUUGAAACGGAAACACCCGUUUAUGUUUCCAAGAUGUUUAAAAUUAGACGUCGAUCAUAUACACAACAUCUUCGAAUACUUUGCAUAACAACGCAACGACUAUAUAAUAUAACAAAGAAAAAUCCAUAUCCUAAAGAAGCUUUAUUAUAUAAUUCAAUAAUAGGUGUUACUUGUACACCAUAUAAAGAUGGUUUUAUAUGUAUUCAAACAAAAGAAACACAUGACGAUCGAGGUGAUUGGCUUGUUUUGGUCGAUCAUCCAUGUGAAUUUAUUACACAAUUAUUUAUGAUUAUGAAACGAGAUCAUAAUAAUGAUGGUUUUCUUAAAAUCAAAACUGAAUUUACACAUUGUCGUCGAUUUUAUGGAGAAUUAAGUUCAAGUUUAUGUAUGGUUGAAGCUCAUAUAGCGGAUGCUUUUCGUAUUAAAAAACUCGAUUUUGAAACAGUUGCUAUUGUAAGUUCCGCCGGGAAAAAUAAAAAGAAAGCAGCAGCUGCUACUGAUUUUGAAAAUUUAAAAAAAGAAGUUACAAUCGAAGAGCAUAAACUAACAUUAGAUGAACUUGUUGAACGUUUUCAAACUAAUAUUGAACAAGGUCUUACAACACAAAAAGCUGCAGAAUUAUUAGAAAAAAAUGGUCCAAAUGCAUUAACACCUCCACCUCAAACACCUGAAUGGGUUAAGUUUUGUAAAUUACUUUUUGGUGGUUUUUCGGCUUUACUUUGGGUUGCUGCUAUACUUUGUUUAAUUGCUUAUGGAGUUCAAGUCGGCACAGAUCCAACAACCCCAAAAGAUAAUUUAUGGUUAGGUAUUGCUUUAAUAGUCGUCGUUGUUAUUACAGCUGUAUUUGCUUAUUAUCAAGAAUCGAAAGCUGGAAAAAUUAUGGAAUCAUUCAAAAAAAUGGUACCACAACAAGCUAAUGUUAUGCGUGAUGGUCGUAAAAUAGAAAUAUCAGCUGCAGACUUAGUUCUUGGUGACAUAGUUUUCGUUAAAAUUGGAGAUAAAACACCAGCAGAUAUACGAGUAUUAACAGCUCAAAGUUUCAAAGUUGAUAAUUCAUCGUUAACUGGUGAAAGUGAACCAUUAGCUCGAUCACCUGAUUGUACUCAUGAUAAUCCACUUGAAACAAAAAAUCUUGCAUUUUUUAGUACAUUUGCUGUUGAAGGUUCAUGUACUGGUAUGGUUAUUCGAACAGGUGAUAAUACUGUUAUGGGUCGAAUUGCCGCAUUAGCAAGUGGCCUUGGUAAUGAUAUAUCACCGUUAAAUGUUGAAAUAAAUCAUUUCGUUCAUAUUGUUACUAUUGUUGCAGUUAGCUUUGGUAUAGUUUUUCUUAUUAUUCUUCUUGCUAUUGGUACUGGUGUUUUACAAGCACUCGUUUUUGUUAUUGGUAUUAUUGUAUCAAACGUUCCUGAAGGUCUUCUAGCAACAAUAACUGUCAUGUUAGCAUUAACAGCUCAACGUAUGGCAAAAAAGAAAUGUCUAGUAAAAAAUCUAACAGCUGUUGAAGCACUUGGUAGUGUAUCAACAAUAUGUUCAGAUAAAACUGGUACAUUAACACAGAAUCGUAUGACAGUCUCACAUUUAUGGGUUGAUGGAGCAAUUGUUUCUGUUAAUUUAUCACCUACACAUGAACCAGAAUUAGCUUUUGAAAAUCCAUUAGUUGACCCAAAAACUGGAGAAGAAACAAAAGCACUUAAAACUGAUCGACCUGGUUAUCAAGCACUUUUACGAUGUGCUAUGUUAUGUGCUAAAGCUGUUUUUAAACCUACUGAAGAAAAUAUGAGUAAACCACCAUUACAUCGAUUAGUUCAAGGUGAUGCUAGUGAAACAGCUAUUCUUCAAUUUGGUGAAAUGGUUAAUGGCAAAGUUGAAGAAUAUCGUGAGAAAAAUAAAAAGGUUUGUGAUAUUCCAUUUAAUAGUGCAAAUAAAUAUCAAGUGUCUGUACAUGAAACAAAUGAUGGUGAUGAAAGACAUUUAAUUGUGAUGAAAGGUGCACCAGAACGAAUACUUGAACGAUGUCAAAAGAUUUUUGUUAAUAAUAAUGAAUAUGAUUUAAAUGAGGAAUGGACACAGAAAUUUAAUGAUGCUUAUAUGCAAUUAGGUGGUUUAGGUGAACGUGUUCUUGGCUUUUGUGAUAUGAGAUUACCAUUAGGAAAUUUUCCUAGAGGAUUUAGUUUUGAUCCAGAUAAUGUCAAUUUCCCAUUAAGAGGAUUACGAUUUCUUGGUUUCAUUACUAUGAUUGAUCCACCUCGACCAGGUGUUGCAGAUGCAGUUGCUAAAUGUCGUACUGCUGGUAUUAAAGUUAUUAUGGUUACCGGUGAUCAUCCAAUUACUGCUAAAGCAAUUGCUAGAGGUGUUGGUAUUAUUACAUCAGAUACAGCACAAGAUUUAGCUGCACGUCUUAAUAUAGCUCCAAGUGAUGUUGAAGCAAGAGAUGUACGUGCAAUUGUUGUAUCUGGUUCUGAAUUAGCCGAAUUAUCAGCUCAACAAUUAGAUGAAGUAUUAACACUUCAUAGUGAAAUUGUAUUUGCAAGAACAUCUCCUCAACAAAAACUAAUUAUAGUUGAAGGUUGUCAAAGGCAAGGUUGGAUUGUAGGUGUAACAGGUGAUGGUGUUAAUGAUUCACCUGCUUUAAAAAAGGCUGAUAUUGGAAUAUCCAUGGGUAUAAGUGGCUCUGAUGUCAGUAAACAAGUUGCUGAUAUGAUAUUACUUGAUGAUAAUUUUGCUACGAUUGUUACUGGUAUCGAAGAAGGUCGACUUAUAUUUGAUAAUUUAAAAAAAGUUAUUGCUUAUACAUUCACAAAAAAUUUAGUCGAAUUAUUACCAUUUCUUGUCUAUGUUGUUGCUGAUGUUCCACUUGCAUUAAGUACAAUUACUAUUUUAUGUAUUGAUUUAGGUACUGAUAUAGUACCAAGUAUAUCAUAUGCAUAUGAAGGAAUUGAAGCCGAUAUUUUAAAACGACCACCACGUAAGAAAACAGAUAAAAUGGUUACAAGUCAAAUGGUCACACUUUGUUAUGGACAAAUAGCAAUGGUUGAAGCAAGUGGUGCAUUUUUUGCAUAUCUUGUUGUUAUGGCUGAAAAUGGAUUUUGGCCAUCAAGACUUCUUGGCCUACGUGAAGCAUGGGAGGCAAAAUCACUUAAUGAUGUUAUGGAUAGUUAUGGACAAGAAUGGACAUAUGAACAAAGACAUAAUCUUGAUUUAGCUGCACAAACUGCUUAUUUUAUUGGUGUUGUUAUUACACAAUUUGCUAAUUUAUAUGGUAAUAAAACAACACGUCGAUCUGUUUUUCAACAAGGAUUAUUUAGUAAUCGAUUUAUGGUCUUUGCAAUAGUGUUUACUGUUGCUCUUGCUUGUUUUCUUCUUUAUACUCCAACACUCAAUCGAGCACUUAAUCUUGCACCAAAUCGUUUUCUUUGGUGGUUACCAGCAGUACCAUUUUUCUUCUAUCUGUUUGCAUUUAAUGAAGCAAGAAAAUUUUUUAUUCGAAAAUAUCCAGAUCGAUAUCCAGCACGUCAACUUACUUAUUAA